CACUUGCUAUGUUCUCUCCUUCGCCAUUAUAAUGCUGAACACCAGCCUCCACAACCCCAACGUCCGGGACAAACCCACCGUCGAGCGAUUCAUCACCAUGAACCGGGGGAUCAACGAUGGCGGGGACCUGCCGGAGGACCUGCUGCGGAACCUGUACGACAGCAUCAAGAACGAGCCCUUCAAGAUCCCGGAGGACGAUGGCAACGACCUGACUCACACCUUCUUCAACCCGGACCGCGAAGGCUGGUUGCUGAAGCUCGGAGGCAGAGUGAAGACGUGGAAACGACGUUGGUUCAUCCUCACCGAUAACUGUCUGUACUACUUCGAGUACACAACGGACAAAGAGCCCAGGGGAAUUAUCCCGCUGGAAAAUCUCAGCAUCCGAGAGGUGGAAGAUCCCAGGAAGCCAAACUGCUUCGAGCUGUAUAUCCCCAAUAACCGGGGACAGUUGAUCAAGGCGUGUAAGACAGAGGCAGACGGACGAGUGGUGGAGGGGAACCACAUGGUCUACCGGAUAUCUGCUCCCACUCCCGAGGAGAAGGACGAGUGGAUCAAGUGUAUCAAGGCAGCCGUCAGCAUCGACCCGUUCUACGAGAUGCUGGCCGCCCGCAAGAAACGCAUCUCCGUCAAGAAGAAAGCCGAGCAGCCGUGAGGGAGGGAUACGAGCGGGCGAGGCGGGGGACGAGGAGGAGGAACGAUGACCCCGGAGAAUUGGGACAGGGCGGCUCAGUGUGGCGGGGAGGGGGCCAGCCGACACGGACACACACCUCUCCUGAGCAAUUCCAA